AUGAAGUUGUCUCAAGACUUUGUUAGCCGGUACAACGGAGUUCUGUUCACAAUUGUAGCUAUUGCUGGUCUUCUAUCAACUAAACGGAGAGAUGUUUUAACAUGGAAAAGGGUGCACGAUAGCCUUAAUCCAAAAAUCACCGAUUAUCCUUCGUUAAAGGGUUAUUUCAAGGUGUUAUCAGAAAUUUAUAAUGAUCUUAAUUACCACCUUAAGUUAUGCCGCUUGUACUUCGGCCUUCUUCCUAAAGCCUACUCCAUGAGAUCCACAAGACUCAUUAAUUUGUGGAUAGUGGAAGGAUUUGUGGAAAAAAAUUCAAAUGACGAUCCACGAACGAUUGAGCAAGUAGCAGGAGAAUACUUAGAGGAACCAAUUCAUCGGAGCUUGGUCAAAGUGUCGGCAGAGUAUUCUGAUGGCAGAGUUCGAAGGUGUCAUAUCCAUGAUCUGAUGCACACAUUUGUUCCCAACAAAGGUGUGGAUCGGAACUUUUGCCGGGUGAUCAAACCUAAUCAGUCAUUUGAUCUCCUUACACGGACUAGGCGCCUAUCCAUCCUCGCGCUUCUUGAUAUUCCAAGUGCUAAAAGUUAUGAUACAGUGAAGUCUUGCUUUGUUUUCAAGUUACAACAGUUGGAAAAGCCUCCAGUGCAAUCAUUCUUGUACAAGCUCUUGAUAGCCUUGGGCUUUAAAUGUACGCCUGUCGAUCAUCUUCCCAAAGCUGUUGACUAUUUGCUCCUUUUGAAGUAUCUAAAUCUGCGAAAGACACAGAUUAAGACCAUUCCUAAGUUCAUUAGCAAUCUUUUUAAUUUGGAGAUUCUGGACUGGAAUGCUCUACAGAAGCUGACCAAAGUUGAUGUCUCUAAUGAGGAUGGUGUCAUUGAAGAAUUGAUUCAUUUGACGGAAAUGAGGAAGCUAGGAAUCAUCAACUUGAAGAGGAAGAAUGGGAAAUCCUUGUGCACUGUAAUCCGGGAGAUGAAGCAUUUGUGUUCUCUGAGUAUUGUGGCUUUUGGAAAGAAUGAAGUUCUUGAUUUGCAGUCAAUAACUAAGCCUCCUCGAUACUUGCAACGUAUCGACUUGGAUCGGAUGGACUUGACAGAGUUGGUGGAUCUCUCUCUUUUGCGAAAAUAUGAAGGCAAAGAGUUGCAUUUUAGAGCUGAAUGGUUUAAGAAGCUCAAGGUUCUUACUUUACAAGCCAUGAAUAAAUUGAAGAUGAUCGGAAUAGAGAAAGGAGCAAUGCCUUUGCUUGAAGAUCUACACCUGGGGUUUUUCCCUAAAAUGAUACGUAUGCCUGACGAUGUCAAAAAACUUAAUGCUCUCAAAAGUAUUUAUCUUGCGGGAAUGACUGAUAAAUUCCGAGAGAGAAUGAUGAAAAAAAGAUUUCUCUAUAUCCCCCAACUUAUCAACGGUGACUCACAAGAAGGGUGGUCGCAAUCUCCGUAUUUAUCCUUGAAGGUCGUGAUACAAGUAAGUGCUCCUCCUCUGUUACCUUUAAAUGCAUUUUCUUCUUAA